GACAUUGAUUCAUCGACGCUCAAAUACGGGUAUAAAAGGACGCUCUUUACCCCUUUACUUCCAUCCUCUUUCUUCCUCCAAACAACAUCAGACCUCACAUAACCUCGCGAGUCUGUGGAUCAUCCACUCGAACCUUUCUAUCUCAUCGAGGCUUAUCCCAUAAGACAGCAACAUUGCUCACUUGCACUCCGAAGCUUUCACAACCCAGCACCGUGCACACAAACACGACCAUGGCACCUAAACUCGAGCGACGCACCCUUGCUGAAGCCUCCGAAGGCCUUGAGAUUCCAUCUUCCCGAGCCCAGCACCAGACUGACUCUAACCUCGGGGACUCUAUUCGUCUUAUGCUCUCAUCCAGUCUCCGUGGCAACGGUUCGAUCCGUAUUCGUUCAGCACCGAGCAAGGAAUCGACAUUGCUACUUACGCAAGACGACAGUCAUUACGAGGACGAUGCUGAAGAUGAGAGUCAUUCCGAUGAAGACAACAUCGAAUUGAAGAACUACCUCGACGACAUCGCAGAUGCUCUUAAGAAGCAGAAGUCAAAGAAUGACUCCAAGAUUGCUGCAACCUUCAACGAGAGACUGUCGCAAAUGGUCUACGGCUCGAACAUGAUUGAGAUGGUUGGCAGUGGUCUGGAUAUCACAGUCAAGCUUUGUCAACGCAUUUUCGAAGGACAAGAUGUGGACGAUGCAGAGAUCAGCGAUCGCGACCCAAUCUACCAAGCUCUCCGAAAGGACCUUGUGAGCAAGAACAAGCCUAGUGGACAUGAAGACGUGCUCCGAAGCCGACGCGAGAUCAUCCAGCAUGCAAAGGCUGCGUACUACAUGAUGAACCAAGUCGCCAUCAAGGGAAAGGAUCUAUCUGAAGAGAUCAUCCUGGAAACCCACCGCCUCUUGACGUAUAAAAUCGACAGUCCUGAUAAGAUUCCCUGGAGCGAGUAUGGUGGCAGCUACCGAACUUGUCCCGUUCAGCGAGGCUUUCACUCUUUCCCACACCAAGCUGGGGUCCCGAAGGCGGUACGCGACCUGACUGACUCCCUCAAGGCCGACAUCGCGACGGCAGAGGCGAGCGGAGAGAUUGACCCUGUGGCUCUAGCAGCCAAAUAUUGCCACAAGUUCGUCAACAUUCACCCCUUCCUCGAUGGAAACAGCCGGACAAGCCGUCUUAUUUUGAAUACCAUUCUCCUCAAGUAUGGAGGUUGCUUUGUCUGGCUUGGGAUGGAUCCAAAGGACCGGGACGAGUACAUGAAGAUCUCAGCAGAAGGAUUCUCCGCUGAGGCCAUGGAUAUGCAGCAGGAGGACAUGGAUGAUCUACCAGAGGACUUCAAGCCAAAACAUCACAAGAAACUCGCCACAUUCACACUGAAGCAUGCCCGGGACACGAUGGCUAAGGUCCUGCGAACGUUGAAGCUGAAGGAAUAG